AUGUCCAGCCCCAAUGCCGACAAGGUGUUGUUUGCAUACAUAGCAGCAACCUCUCAUGCGGUGAGUUUAGUGCUAAUCCGAGAAGACAAUGGCACACAGCGACCCGUGUAUUACGUAAGCAAAUCGCUGCAGGAGGCAGAGACCCAGUAUCUCCCUCUCGAAAAAGCCAUAUUGGCCGUCGUACAAGCCACGCGGAAGCUCCCCCACUAUUUUCAGGCACAUACAGUAGUUGUGCUAACUCAACUUCCGCUGAAAUCCGUCCUCCGCAGUGCCGACUACACAGGUAGAAUAGCUAAGUGGGGAACAAUCUUGGGCGCCUUCGACAUUAGAUACAUGCCUCGCACCGCCAUAAAAGGUCAAGUCAUCGCCAAUCUAGUAGCUAAAUUUGCGGAGCCCACCCUAGAAGGGAUGGAAAUGUCGGGGUCACCAAGUGCUGAUGGGAAACUGAUCAGCACAGUCUCUCAACAUGAACACAAUUGGUGGAAAGCACACAUCGAUGGUGCAGCAAACCAAAGGGGCUCAGGGGUGUGGCUCGUUCUAGUCUCUCCCGAAGGGAUAACCAUAGAAAAGUCGUUGAGGCUCGGAUUCUCUGCCACGAAUAAUGAAGCCGAGUAUGAGGCAGUGUUGGAGGGGAUGAGUGGGAACACUCAUGCUGAUUCUCUCACAACUCUGGCCACCUCCUCGGCUCAGCCCCUUCCACGGGUUAUUUUAGUUGAAGAUCUCUGUUGCCCAACAACAGAGGAGGCCAACGGUAGUCGGGUACACAACGUCGGGGCAGGACCUAACUGGAUGGAUCCUCUGGUGCUGUUCUUAAAGCGCGACACCUUACCAAACGAUAAGGUUGAGGCUAAUAAAUCAGGAGGAAAGCUUCUCGGUUCUGGCUGUCCGAGGACUCCAAACUUUACCGACGAUCAUUCUCGAGGUCAUACCUGCUAUGUGUGCACCCAGAGGCUACAGAACUCAUCCUGGAAGAGUUACAUGAAGGGAUCUGUGGAAGCCAUACGGGGGGUAGGUCCCUGUGGAAGCCACAGGGCCAUGACGUUGGGUUACUGGUGGCCGAGCAUGCACAAAAAAGCUCUAGAAUACGUGAAGAAGUGCGACCAGUGCCAAAGGUUCGCCCCGAACAUACAUCAGCCGGGCGAAGAACUUAACCCGCUGUCUAGCCCUUGGCCCUUCGCACAAUGGGGCCUAGACAUACUAGGACCAUUCCCCAAAGCGGCUGGAAACAAGAAAUUUCUUCUCGUCAGCACCGAUUACUUCACAAAGAGGGUCGAAGCUGAGGCGCUGGGAAACAUUAGGGACGUCGAUGUCAAGAAGUUUGUUUGGAAAAACAUCAUCACUAGGUUCGGGACCCCACACACCCUGAUCUUGGAUAACGGCCUCCAGUUUGACAGCAAAGUCUUUAGAGAAUACUGCAAUGAGCUGGGAAUUAUCAAUCGAUACUCCACACCGGCCUACCCACAGGGUAAUGGACAGGAGAGGUGGGUUGAAGAGUUAGCCCACGUCUUGUGGACAUACCGCACCACGCCUCGCAGGUCCACGGGAGAAACCCCCUUUUCAUUGACCUACGGAGCCGAGGCUGUCAUCCCACUGGAGAUAAACUUCCCAACCCAGAGGACUACUACCUUCGACCCCAUUGCCAAUAACCGCCUGCUGGAAAAAAGCUUGGAUCUCCUCGAAGAAAAAAGGGAAAGCGCAAUGGUCCACCUAGCAUACUAUCAGCAAAAGCUCAAACAGGGCUAUGACUCCAAGGUGAAGUCAAGGCCAUUGGCGCCCGGGGAUCUAGUGCUGAGGAAAGUCAUGGGCACCGCGAGGAACCCUGCAUGGGGAAAGCUUGGACCGAACUAG